AUGCAUUCCUUCACACAAGCUCUGGUUCUCAUCUUCGGGGUCUUCAUCGGCCUGGCAUCAAACGUGUUGGCCGCCUCAUCCGAUCCGUUCUACGACAUGUCUGUCUUUCCCAACGCAGAUGAUGCUGUUGCCCUCCUGUCGACUCAGACCCAAGACGAGGCACAAGCUAACAAGGCUUCGUGCACACCCGUUUCUUAUGCAACGCCGCACCCGUACAAGCUUGUGGCUGAACCCGGGCCGCAUUGCUCUUAUCAGUCCUGGGUCUCUGUGUACACCACCGACGUCGCCAAGGAAGCUGGCAUCAGGCAAUGCCAGGAUAGGUGCAACAAAGAAGCCCGUUGCCGCUCUUUCAACUGGUCCCUCGACUCAAUCACCCCCAAAGUCGGCGCUUGCGAGCUGAGUGCCAACUUCUAUGACGCCAGUGUCCUCCAAUGUGACAACAGUAGCACCAACAGCUACCUUGCUGUGUACAAUGCCACCAACUGGACUCCACCAGAACCGUUGAUUCCGAAUGGCAACUUCGAAACGGGAUGCCUGAAGCCCUGGUUCUUCAUGGACUUCACCUCGGACAACUCGAUGCAGGCAACAAUGGUCGAAUGCAAUAGAGAUUGCGCACCUGGCGGCGGCAAGCGCUAUGUCAAUGUUACGGGUAAUGGCCAAAAGGGCGACCCUCGCGAUCACAUUGAUGCAUACAUUGGGCAACAACCAGCUCUUACCGAGAGUGUCAAGUACCGGCUGACUGCACAUAUCAGAGGCGACAGCGGUGAGUUCAGGUUCACGUAUCCCGUUCAUCAAUCGGUGGUCAUCCGCGCGAAUGCCACCGCCGAGUGGAAGAAGGUUACAGGCACUUUCAUGGGUCGUAAUGUGGGAACAUUCCUGAUUCAGAUGGAUUCACCUGGGAAGGCCAACUUUGCGGUUGAUAACGUCAAGGUUGAGAAGGUGUAG